UGUCUGGUUUGGUUUGUUUGGUUUACGAACGACGACAAAGAUGGGAUUUCUAUAUUACGAAUUCUUGAGAAACCGGACAAGUACUUCGUUAAUCUCUGAAUUCUCGAAGAACGUAGGAGAGAUUAGGGAGAGAUAUUAAAGAUGGGAAACAAUAAGCACAGGUUGAAGGUCGCCGUUAAAUCGACUAUUCUCGACUGGUGGUGCCGUGCUAAUGGCUUUGAAAUGCCAACACCCCCAGAGCUCAGAUCCGCGGAGAAGCUCGCUCGUGCACUAAUACCGCCUGAGAAAUCAACCCUCAAAUGCAAGAUAAAAGAAGAAGAAGCAGAGAAGAAAAAUUUAUCGGUGUCGGAGGAGGAGGAGUUGCUUAAAGGAGUGUCGGAGAAGCCUCCAGUCACAUUUUCUGAUGCAGGGACGGAGUUAAAUCGCCGACCGACUCACUUCUACACUAGCUCCGAGGAAUCGGUAAGUACGGCAAUUCCCGACACACCUUCAUCUUCUUCGUCGUCCAACAACGUUACAGACGAGUCUCUAAACCCAAUGUCCCCUGAAGAGGAGGAGAUCUUCGUCAAGCUCAAGAGUUUACAAGUGUUCGAGCAAGAGGAAUCCGUGAUCUCACUGAGAAAGAUCACCAGAACCAACGUAGAUAUGAGGGUUCCGCUCUGUACCCUACGAUUGCUUUCAGCGUUAAAAUCUCUGCUGACCUCACGCUACUCUGUCAUCCAAAUAAACGCGGUGGCAUCGCUGGUGAAUCUCUCGUUGGAAAAGAUCAAUAAGGUAAAGAUCGUACGGGCGGGGAUCGUCCCACCAUUGAUCGAUGUGUUGAAGGGAGGGUUCACUGAAGCGCAGGAACACGCUGCGGGUGCCCUCUUCAGCCUGGCUCUUGACAAUGAGAACAAGAUGGCCAUAGGUGUAUUAGGCGCGUUGCCACCGCUGCUCCACAUGCUCCGGUCGGAGAGCGAGCGGGCUCGGCACGAUUCGGCGCUCGCUCUCUACCAUCUUUCGCUGGUUCAGAGCAACCGCUCCAAACUCGUGAAGCUGGGUUCUGUGCCGACGCUGCUAGCCAUGGCAAGGGGAAGAGACCUCGCAAGCAAGGCUCUGCUUAUACUCUGCAACUUAGCGGCAUGUGCAGAGGGGCGGACCGCAUUGCUCGAUGCGAACGCGGUGCAAUGCUUCGUGGAGAUGUUGAGGAGAAACGAGUUAAACUCGGAAACGAUUCGGGAGAACUGCGUGGAGGCGUUGUACGCCCUGAGUCAAGGGAGUUUGAGGUUUAAAGGGCUGGCGGAGGAAGCGGGAGCUGCAGAGGUGUUGAGAGAGGUGGAAGAGAGAGGGAGCGAACGAGCCAGGGAGAAGGCUAAGAGGAUCUUACAUGCUUAUAUGACCGUAAUUUUUCUUGACGGAAAGAAUGUAACUCUUGGUUAUGUUGUGGGUCUGAGAAAACCUGCACAGGAUUAACAUGGUUACAUGUUAAUUUCUGUGCAGAGAACAAAAAUUUGUUCUUAAAGAUUGUAAUUAUAGUAACUGUUAGUCUGUUACCGGUGAUCAAUGCUAUGAUGCAAAUCAGGUACAUUUUUGUU